GUUUACAUAUUUACCUAGAAACGACAUAGAGCAGAUGAUGAAAUCAACAAGCGUGAGAUUGAGGUGCUUCGUGAUGGCCAGUGGCAGUGGAUCAAGUGGCGUCAUGUACAAGUGGGAGAUAUUGUCAAGGUUCACAACAACAGAUUCUUUCCUGCUGACUUAAUCAUCUUGGCCUCCAGUGAGCCACAAGCUCUGUGUUACGUGGAAACUGCUAACCUUGAUGGAGAAACAAAUCUGAAGAUAAGACAAGGUCUACAAGAAACAGCACACCUCUUGGAAGCACGUGAUUUAAUGAACCUAUCAGGCAAAGUGGAAUGUGAAGCACCGAAUAGAUUUCUUUACCAGUUUACUGGUAACUUGAAAAUGACCAGCAGGCAGGCCGUCCCUUUAAGCCCAGAUCAAGUCCUUCUGCGAGGGGCAAAACUCCAGAACACGAAUUGGGUGUUUGGUCUUGUAGUUUACACUGGCCAUGAAACUAAACUUAUGAAGAAUUCUGCUACCUCAGCACCUCUCAAACGCUCUACAGUGGAUAAGCAGACCAACAAUCUGAUCAUUCUGCUGUUUUUCCUGCUUAUAGUUCUUUGCCUCAUUAUGGCAGUCUGUAACUCUCAGUGGGAUGCGAAUCUGCACUGGUACCUCUCCAUUGAUGAUCUGAGUGUCUUCAACUUUGGCAUAAACUUCAUCACAUUCAUCAUUCUGUUCAACAAUCUUAUACCUAUUUCCCUUCAAGUAACUCUAGAGGUUGUAAGAUUUAUACAGGCUGGCUUCAUCAACAAUGAUGUGAAUAUGGUGUAUGAAGAGAAUGACAUCUGGGCAAUGGCAAGAACAUCAAAUUUGAAUGAAGAGUUGGGAAUGAUUAAAUAUGUGUUAUCUGAUAAGACUGGCACACUGACUUGCAACAUAAUGGAAUUCAAGAGGUGCACUAUUGGCGGAAAAGUAUAUAGCAUGGAUGAUGGAAGUGCCCAAGAUUUGAUCUCAUUGGUUGAGACUGGGGGUCCAGGAUCAGCUAUAGUUCGACAGUUCCUGAUGAUGUUGGCAGUUUGCCACACAGUUAUACCAGAUAGAGAUGAUAGUAAACCAAAUGGUGGUAUCAUCUAUCAUGCUGCAUCACCUGAUGAGAGAGCAUUGGUCGAAGGGGCCCGUGAACUAGGGUUCGUGUUCGAGACCAGAACUCCGGAACAUUGUAUUGUGGAUGUGCUGGGAACGAAGGAGAAAUAUGAAAUUCUGAAUGUCCUCGAAUUCACCUCACAGAGAAAGAGGAUGAGUGUCAUUGUGAGGACACCACAGGGACAGAUCAAGCUUUAUUGUAAAGGUGCUGAUACUGUUAUAUAUGAACGACUAGGGGAUAGUCAGCAGUUCCGAGAUGUAACAGUACGACACUUGGAAGAGUUCGCUGGAGAAGGUCUGCGCACUCUUUGUUAUGCAGUUGCAGACAUAUCACCUGAAUUUUAUGAGGAAUGGAAAAAUACUUUUUAUAAAGCAAGUACAGCUUUACAAUUUAGAGAAAGAAAGUUAGAAGAUGCAGCACAGCUUAUAGAGAAUAAUUUGACAUUAUUAGGCGCUACAGCUAUAGAGGACAAAUUGCAAGAUGAGGUUCCUGAGACCAUCGCAGCACUUCUGAAGGCUGGAAUUCAUGUCUGGGUUCUUACAGGAGACAAGCAAGAGACUGCCAUUAAUAUAGGUCAUUCCUGCCACCUACUUACACAAGGGAUGCCUCUAAUUAUACUAAAUAGUGAUUCUCUUGAUGAGACCCGUGAAUCAAUUAACCGCCAUGUGGUUGAGUUUGGAGAUCAGUUGAAGCGGGAAAAUGAAGCUGCUCUCAUUAUUGAUGGGAAGACUUUGAUAUAUGCCCUAACACCCGAUUUACGAAAAGAUUUCUUAGAUCUCUGUAUAUCUUGUAAAAGUGUUAUUUGCUGUAGAGUGUCACCCAGCCAGAAAGCUGAGGUCGUAGAGCUCUUGACUCGAGAAACAGGCUCUGUUACCUUGGCCAUUGGAGAUGGAGCUAAUGAUGUUGCCAUGAUACAAAAAGCCAAUGUUGGUGUUGGCAUAGCAGGUUUAGAAGGUCUACAAGCAGCUUGUGCAUCUGAUUAUGCCAUUGGCCAGUUCCGUUUCUUGGCCAGGCUACUCUUUGUCCAUGGAGCUUGGAAUUAUAGUCGCCUGUGCAAGGUGAUUCUGUAUAGUUUCUAUAAGAACAUUUGCCUCUAUGUUAUUGAGCUUUGGUGGGCUGCAAUGUCUGGCUGGUCAGGGCAAGUGAUAUUUGAGCGCUGGAGUAUAGCUAUGUAUAAUGUGUUAUUCACAGCAGCACCUCCCUUAGUCAUGGGAAUUUUUGACCGAUCAUGUAGUGCAGAAACAAGAAUGAAAUAUCCAGAGCUCUAUCGUGAAUCUCAGAGCGGGUCUCACUUCAACUGGAAGGUCUUUGUAUGGUGGGUAUGGCUGGCGCUCGUACAUUCUGUAAUGGUGUUUGUGCUGCCUUACCUGGCCAUGACUCAGGAUGUUGCUUGGGGUCAUGGUCUUGUUGGAGGCUACCUCAUGGUGGGCAACAUGGUGUAUUCGUAUGUGGUGGUCACAGUGUGUCUCAAGGCAGGACUGGAGACAGAUGCAUGGACCUGGGUGACCCACUUGGCUAUUUGGGGAUCCAUUGCUUCGUGGUUCAUCUUCCUGCUGGUUUACUCAAACUUCUGGCCUGUUCUACCAAUGGCGCCAGACAUGUGCGGGAUCUAUCUCCAGGUGUAUUCAUCUCCGGUGUUUUGGUUUGGAUUGAUAAUGAUACCCCUGGCCUGCCUGUUGCCAGAUGUAUGUGUUAAAACGAUACGAAACUCAGUAUUCAAGAGUUUAACAGAACAAGUGCGUGAGAGCGAGAUUAGCAACAAGGAUGUAUCGAAAGUUCUUGACACCAAACACAGGCUCACCGAAACUGCUCGACUUCUAAAGAACGUGUUCCGUAGAACCACAACCAGAGUCAACUUAGAAGUAGAGCUUGCUCGUGCGGUGGAGGUAAAACCCUUCGAUAAGAAGGGAUCGAAUGGUUCCAUCCCUUACUCUGCUUGGGGCUAGUGUCCUGAUUAUGCUGAUGGCUUUGCAUUCUCGCAAGAAGAGCACGGAGUGAUGGGCCAGUCGGAAGUUAUCCGGGCCUAUGACACAACCCAACCCAAACCAGGUGGUAUGUAAGCUGAUGGAGUUCAACAGGAAGAUUCCUAAGAGUGUUGUAUUCCUAUUUAUCACACUAUGGUCACAUUUUGGUCACAAAUAUGUACUCACACAGUUUUUGAAUUUACAAUGAAAAUAAAAGUACAUGUUAAGGUAAGAGGAAAAGUGAGUAAAAAGGCAUAAUGGAAAUGAACUGAAUGAUAAAAGACAGAAUUUGAUCUACUUAAUUUAUAAUCUCUGUAUGGCCUGUUAGAUACCAAAGGUUUUCUAGUCUUCUGUCAUUCCUUCCAGUUGCUUUCUUUUGGCAGUGUAAUUAUUCAAAAUGUACACCGGCAGACACAAGCUUGUCACAAAACAUGAUACUUGAGAUCUCAGAAUGUUAACAGUUGAGUAAAUAAUUUAUGAUCUUUAACAAACUUGUUUUUUAGGCUUCUUUAUGGUUGUGUUUUUAUGCGUUUGUAACAUGAUUACAGUUUUGUGUCAUUUUAGCAUGUUACCAGAAGGCCAAUGUCACUUUUUGUAGGUGAUAAUUAAUUGCUCUGGAGGUUAACUGAAUGUGUGAAUUAUUAACUAAAAACUAGAAUUCUGGAAUGACUUGAGCGUGCAGCAGCAUUAGAAUUUUGUAUAAUUCCAGAAGAAAUCAGGAUUCAUACCACCCUGAAAAUUCCACAUGAGGACCUAACAAAUAAUAUGAUAUUAUCUUUGUCCUCUUGGAAGUAUGAGGAACUUAUCAACAGGUAAAGAUAUAUGAAUUUAUGUUGGAAUGUUCAUAUAGUUGGUGUUAAGUUAGUUGAAUAAAUACCAUGUUUAAAUGUUUAAAGUUUAAACCAGUGUUUGUGAGAAUCUUAACAGUUAAAUGAUAACAAAACAACAGAACAUUCUGAAACACAGCAGUUAUUUUCAGUGUUGAGUUUGAGGGGUGUUGACGAACUGUACUGCAAUCAUGAACACCAACAACUUAAACACAAACGGAAUUCAUGCCAGUUGAUGAUAUAUGCAAACAAAAGUUAUACAUUGUUCAUUUGUGGAGAGUCUGGAUAAUGAAAGAAAAUAACGAAUUCUAAAUCCUAGAAAAUUAUAGAAAAUCUGAAUGGUAAUUUGUGUGUAAUAUUUGUAUAAUAACACUUAAUUUGUCCUUGCUUUAUAUAAAAAUACACAUGUAGGUUUUUCAUUAUGCACUCUAAUUAUUUAAAGAAUUGGAAGUAAGACCUAACAGUCAAAUGAACGAGAAUUUAAAAUUUGAACAGCACACUCUGAUCCUGGCACCAGUAACCAAGACUUAUAGUAAAGGAUGCUCUUCACAUAAUGCAGUCAUUAAUGUCAGUGGUAUAAAGUCUCUUUCUAGCUGAAAAUUACAUUAUGGGUAGAAUAUGUAAUUGAAUUUACAUUGGAUUAAUUUGCAAUUGCAAAGGUUGCAAAUGAGUACAGUUGUAUUCUCUGUAUGAUUUUGAUAAACUAGGAAGAACAUAAACUGAAGAUAGGAUUAAAUCAAUAAUUGUCCAGCCAAUUUUACAGACUUUGUAUAGGAAUUUGAGUAGUAACUUUCUAUAGAUGAAGACUAUAAAUUUUUCUUCAAAUGAAGGUAUUGCACAUGGCUAUCAUUAUCGUCAACUAAGAGAACUUGUCAUUUAAUUAGAGUAGGAUCCUCCAUGUAAAAAAAAAUGAAGCCCCACAUGUGCCUGAUAGUCCAAGAUGAUGUACCUAGGUGUUGAAAUGACAGACAAGCAGUUUAGAAGAAUUUAGAGAGAGUGAGAAAAAAAGAUAAACAUAAAAUCUACUUUUGAUACUAGCAAGACUUUGGUAUUACUGAGCAACACAGGUGCAUAAAGCCAAGAGGUAUAUACUGGCUAAUUGGUCAAACCCAUCUGGACUAUUGUAGGUGUUUUGGGAAGGCAUCAUUGGCACUUAGAAUAAUAAAACAAAAUCUAAUUGCAGACUUUUUUGUAAAGUAAUGGAAGUAUAUUAUGAAGAGAUGGAUUUUGAUACAAAAAAGAGUCACUGUUUAACCAAUGGUACUUGAGUAUAAGUAAGAAAUACUGUAAAGCUGUGUUGAUUAAAUUAGAUCAUUCUUUCAUUUGAUUAUCUUGUAUAAACAGAUAUAUGUCAUGGAAGAUAAAUAAACCUCUUCAAGUUGAUGAUGGUAGUUAGAAGUAAUAUGGAAGCUUUGCAAAUCUUCCAUGGUCACUAUACCAUAAAGGUCACAGGAUGUUUUUCCGUGUGAUAUGUUCCUUCCUACAAAUAUGACAUUUUUCCAGUAGGGAAUUUAUAUGUGGUCUGCUAUAUGGAUUGUGUCUGUGUUGUCUAGUUACGAUGGGUGUGUAUCACUGUGUGUGGCCCUUUGCAGUGAUCCUUAUUCUGGCCUGCCAUCAUACAUCUCUUGCUGAUUCAUCUUUUGUGAUUGACUUAAUGGUACAAUUCUUCACUUUAGAUGAAUGAGAGUAAAGGUAACAAGAUAAUAAAAAUUCUUUCAUACUGCACCCUUAAUACCAAGAGAGGAUGUUCUAUAGUCUAUUGUGCCAGGAUAAGUUGGUAUAUUAGUCAACUCUUGUCACAUAUGCUAAAUUUUUAAUGUACUUAAUGGGAAGAGAAAAUAUAAAGAUUUAGGUUUAUUGAAAAAAUGAUGUGUAUUUGUCUUCUAUUCUUGUUUCAUAUGUAUGUGUGUUAUGUGUGUGUGUUUGUAUGUAUGUACAUGGCAAUGAGACAGAUAGGAUAUUUACCUGUCUGUCUAUUGACUUCCUUGUGGUAUUGGGCGCUGAAUAUCAAAUCACCUGCUCUGUGUCCGUGGGUUAUUGUACGACAUGUCAGACAAAUGCCUGAAGUCCCUAGAUAGUAUUGACAUUUAUCUGAGGUUAUCCCCUACUUUACCUUUGAUAUUAUAUAUCUAAUAAUAAGUUAUCAGAAUGCAAUGAGUAGUAUGACAGAGUAUUUCUUAAAAAGGCUUCACAUCAUUGUAAGUUGAGUUAAAGCUACCUGAUAGAUAAAUAUUAUAUUUUGCAUAAUCAGCUUUAUAUGUUUUCCACUGAAUUCCCCUCCCUCCACCUGCCCUUUCCCCAACUUGAUUUGAUAUUUUAAAUUAUAAAUAUUUUAUUCCCCAAGAAGCAAGAAAAAUGAGUAUUCUUGCAAUAUGUAGUUGAUGGGUAACAGAAAACAGUGCAGAUAUUGUUGACUUGUGGAGCUUCAUUUAAUAUUUUUGUAACAUAUAUCAUGUUCAAAAUAUUCAGGCAGGUCUUAAUAUUGUGUUGUGCAUGUAUCAAAGGAAUUCUAAUUACAUGGUUAUAAGUCUUGAA